AAAAAGCACGGCACAUACUGUAGCUAUCAGCUUGUAUCACUAGCCUUAUAGUCAAUUAGAAGAAUAUUAAAAUACAAUAUAUGAAGAAAAAUUAAAAUUAAGAUUUACGAGAAUGUAAAAGAAGAGUUAAUGAGAGCUAAUAUUGAAAAAUAAAUAUGAAACUAUUAGAAAUCAACAAGGUGACUAAUAAUCACUUAUUGUUAGCUUUAACCUAAAUUAACAUAACCUCAGUCAGUUAUAAAUUCUAAAUAAUAAGGGACAACGUGUUAACAUUGGAAAUUCUGCGUAUUAACUGCGUGUUCACUGUGUUCGCAUCAUGGUCAAGCCUGUUUGUCAAACUCAUUAAUGAUGACUGAAUAUUGACCGUGGCGACUAUUGACGUUCUUUAGUCCAUUUAAUGUUCAUAUUUGUGCCGAUGCUUAUCAAAACCUAGUUUAACCCGAGUGUUGUGAGUGUGCGCGUACCGAACGAUUGAUUAUGUGAUGACAAAUUAAACUUUUUAACUUUCUUGCGUGUUUGAAUCCACAUUGAUACAUUAAUGAUACGGUACAUUGUUAUAUACCACCAGAAUUUGGGAAUAAGUAUCAAAUGAUUCAAAGUAGCUGCUCCGUAAUUAUUUAAUUUGAGUAAAAAAAAUACAUGAAAAACAUAUAAGCAAAUAUAGCAACAUGUUUAGAGAUACGCAAAAAAUUGUGGUGGAAGAUGGGCUUGCUCCAUCAGCCGCAUACGUCAUAAAUAUUAGAAUGGAAGAUUUAUUGGAGAAGUUAAAAUUAUUAAAUUAUGACGCUGAAUUUGUGCAAGAGCUAAAAAUGAAACCAAUAAACAGGCACUACUUUGUAAUUCCGACAAAUCCCGGCGAACAGUUUUAUACAUUCACUUGUCUGGCUGCGUGGUUGAUUAGAAAGUCUGGAAAAAGCAUCGAGAUGCCACAAGAGUCUGACGAUCCUAAUUCCACGAUAGCUUUAAUCUUGGAUUAUCUCAGAGAAAUUAACGUAUCCGUAGAAUUUCCACCCAAUAAGCUUAAACAGGGCACUGGAGAACAUGCAAUUUAUGUUUUGGAUAAUUUGGCUGACAAUGCUCUAAAGGUGGAAAAAUUCAAAUGGAAAAAGGUAAACAUUCCACCUGACGAACCUACACCAGAGCCAGAUAUCGAGGACGAUGAUGCGGAAUUAAUUUUAGAAAAAGUGGAGGAAGAAAUGAUGGCUGAUUACGAUGAUGACGAUCAAGAUAUUUUGCACAUAGACGAUAUUACGAAACUUUACGGUCAAAACGUCAGCGAAACGAAAAAACCAGACAGUAUCUUAGAAUCUAAUACUAACAGAGACGAAUGGCAAUUAGAGUUGGAGAAAGUUCUACCUCGGUUGAAAGUGACUGUUAAGACAGAUUCGAGAGAUUGGAGAUCGCAUCUCGAACAAAUGAAACAAUUACGUACAAAUAUUGCGAGCAAUCUAAGUGGUACAAAAACUCACUUAAAUAAGAUCCAUACCGAUAUCGAGGGUACUUUAGAUAAGAUCAAAACUAGAGAAACUUAUCUAAAUAGACAACUGGAACCCUCCUUAACAGAAUAUCGCUCAUUGCAGGAAGAGCUAUCAAAAAUCAAAGAACAGUACAGAGAUGUUAGUGGCGGUGUCACUGAACGGACCAGAGUUCUUAACAAAUUAAUGGAAGAUUUGGAACAUGUGAAGAGAGAAAUGGACGAAAGAGGAUCUAGUAUGACCGAUGGAACUCCGCUUAUCAACAUAAAAAAGACAAUCACAAAGAUGAAGAAUGAAAUCUCCGAGAUGAAUAUUCGAAUCGGAGUACUGGAAUAUAGUUUGAUGUGCGCGAGGAUACGAGAUCGAACGCAAUUGCGGGAGGAUAUGAAUAGCACGAGUGCUUCAGUAAUAAUUUAAAUCGUACAGUCUUAUUAUUUGCUACAUAUAUAUAUCCUAAUCCGUCCGACGGCCGUAUAAUAUAACACGCGAAGAGAGUCGCGUAUCUAGUCUUGAAAUCCGUCCAUGUGAUGUCACACGCGAAAAGAGUCGCGUGUCUAGUCUCGAAUCGUUACGUGUAUCGUUACCGCGGGUCCAAUUUUAUUCUGCCUUCAAUAAAGUUACGAUAAUGCAACAAUACAGAACUGACCGUACUACAUUAAUUCCAGUGUGGAGCAUACGAAUUUUUCGUUAGCACUUUAUACGUUUAUAUGUAACACGUAAUUGAUAACUGAUAUGAUCAGAGUGACUGUUUUAAUUGCAUUUCGCUGUGUUGAAUAAAUCGUUUUCUUAUUGUUAUUCUCGUUGGAAA